AUGCGUCCCCGAAUCGGCUCAUUAGAUCCUUUGCUUUUGAUUUCUUUCAUUGACCAGAUUGUUUCUGCCUUCACUGUGACAUCUAGUCAUUCCACUUUCUCACUUACUCAGGACCAGAGAGAUUCGUCAAUCAUUGACGCUGAUUUGCUGAACAGGGAUAUCAGAAAGAGACAUAGCGUCUCCCUUGUUUCUACCUCUGAUCACUUUUCAGAAUUAUUAUCAUCGACGCCUUCGGAAGCACCCACCGAAAUUUCUAACAAGAAUAAUAUCGACACCAGCACACCUGAUUUCCACAUUCACUUGGCCAAAUGGGCCUUUGAUUUUCUGACCGAAUUGAAUCUUCGACUUCUCAACCAUCCCGUUCUCGAACCUGAACGAGCGUUUCGCUUGCUUGUCUGUUAUGCUAUACGAGGCCAUCUUGCCUGCACUACUUUCCUAUCAACUGUAUUAUUCCUUCCUGGUGAUGAUAUUUUGGUUGGUGAGGCGGUUUUGUUCCUCCAUAUACUUCCUUACCUGCCGGACAAAGCCCAUUCUGCAUGUUGGCCCCCUUCAGUUGUCCGUGGGCUAGUCCAUUUGGCAUGGCCAACACAAGGGCCACCAGCCUCCGAAUCCUUCCAACUUCCUGUCGCCGUUGCCUUUGCUUUUCUUCGAGGGCCUCUGCCCAAGCUUCUCCACUGGCUG